GUGUAGUGUUCCGCAGAGCGCGCGGCUCGCUGGGAGGUGUAGUUGCGGUUCUGAGGCCCUUUGGCCUAAAUGUCCUUGGAUUCUCUAAAACAUUUGAUCUCAUUUGAAGUAUUUGAUAGGGAGUUUCUGAUGCAAAUAUACAGCAAAAGUGAUUUAUGAAGAAAUUGCCUUUAGAAUCUUCAGGGAGUUCUACAGAACACAUCCUUAUUACGUGAUUAAUAGCUAAAAAUUUGUGCAAUGGACAAUACAAAAGAGAAUAACAAUGACAAAGAAGGACUUCUGCUUAGAAUGGGACUCAAUGACAACAAAGCAGGAAUGGAAGGAUUAGAUAAAGAGAAAAUAAAUAAAAUUAUUAUGGAAGCCACCAAGGGGUCUAGAUUUUAUGAAAAUGAGCUCAAAAAAGAAAAGCAAGUAAACCAACGAAUUGAAAAUAUGAUGCAACAAAAAUCUCAAAUUACCACCCAGCAGCUCUGGAAAGCACAAUUACAGGUUGACAAACUUGCAAUGGAGUUGGAACAGAGCCGUAAUCUGCACUGCACUAUAGUACACAUUGACAUGGAUGCUUUUUAUGCAGCUGUAGAAAUGAGAAAUAAUCCAGAACUGAGGGAUAAACCCAUUGCAGUAGGUUCAAUGAGUAUGUUGUCCACGUCAAAUUACCAUGCAAGAAGGUUUGGAGUACGGGCAGCUAUGCCUGGAUUUAUUGCUAAGAGACUCUGCCCACAAUUAACUAUAGUGUCUCCAAAUUUUGACAAAUAUCAAGAAGUGAGUAAAGAGGUUAGGGAAAUUCUUGCUGAUUAUGAUCCCAAUUUUAUGGCUAUGAGCCUUGAUGAAGCCUAUUUGAAUAUAACAAAGCAUUUAGAGGAAAGACAAAACUGGUCUGAGAAUAAAAGAAGAUAUUUCGUCAAAAGAGGAAGCACUACAGAAAAUGAUAAAUCAGAAGCUGUCAUAUCAAAGGCACCAGGGUUAAAUGAAGAUGCUGUAUCCAUCUCUCCCUUACUCUUUGAAGAUAGCCCUCCUCAACUACAGCAUCAGGAGCCAGAAAUUCCUUCCCAAGCGCACUUUGAAGAACAGAGAGAUCCUCAAGUUCUCCAAAAUUCAGUUGUUUUUGGAACUUCAGCUGAGGAAGUGGUAAAGGAAAUUAGGUUCAGAAUCGAACAAAAAACAUCGUUGACAGCCAGCUCAGGCAUUGCUCCAAAUACAAUGUUGGCGAAAGUAUGCAGUGAUAAAAAUAAACCAAAUGGACAAUACCAAAUUCCCUCUAACAGACAAGCUGUGAUGGACUUCAUCAAGGAUUUACCCAUUAGAAAGGUUCCAGGAAUAGGGAAAGUAACGGAGAAAAUGUUAAAAGCACUUGGAAUUAUCACCUGCUCAGACCUUUACCAGAAUAGAGCCCUACUUUCUCUUCUUUUUUCUGAAACAUCUUGGCAUAGCUUCCUUCAUAUUUCCCUUGGUCUGGGUUCAACACAAAUGGAACGGGAUGGAGAGAGGAAAAGUAUGAGCAUUGAAAGAACAUUCAGUGAGAUAAGUAAAGUAGAGGAACUAUAUAGCUUGUGCCAAGAACUUUGUAGUGAUCUUGCUCAGGAUCUACAGAAAAAAGGACUUAAGGGCAGAACAGUUACAAUUAAGCUGAAGAAUGUGAAUUUUGAAGUAAAAACUCGAGCAUCUACCGUAGCAGUUGUUGUUUCUACUGCAGAAGAAAUAUUUGCUAUUGCUAAGGAACUUCUAAAAGUAGAAAUUGAUGCUGAUUACCCACGGCCCUUACGACUAAGACUUAUGGGUGUACGGGUAUCAGGCUUUUCCAAUGAAGAAGACAGGAAACAUGGCCAAAGAAGCAUCAUUAGCUUCUUAAAAACUGGAAGCCAUGCGCUAGAUCCUGUUGGGUCUGUGCUGGAUAAAAAUGACCAAGAUCAAGUCAUGAAACCUCCAGAAACAUCUCACAAGGAGAGUUUCUUCACUAAAAAGCGGUCAGAAAUGAGUUGGAACCACCAAGACAUCUUUAAAUGUGAGCCUGAGACUAAACAAAGCUUCCAAGUUUCACAGCCACCUAAUCUUUCAAAGGAAGAAAUGAAAGAGAAUUUAGAAACAUCAGAAAAUACAGAUGACUGUCAAGUCUUUACCUGUCCUAUUUGUUUUAAGGAACAAGGAAGAAUCUGUUUGGAAGCACUUAACAGGCAUGUGGAUGAAUGCCUCAGUAGGACACUGGUGGACUGUGACCCCAAAAUGGUGGCUGUCCCACAAUCACAGUCUUUCUGUUCAGAAGUAAAUCUGGAUUUAAAAACCCAUGAAACUACAGAAAGUCUGUUAGUAGAUUUUGUGCCUUCAGUAAGUGUAGAUGUGCUUUCUAAAGGAAAAAGUAUGGAGGAUUUAAACACACGAGCAGGGCAUGAGCAAAGCCCAAAACAGUAUUCUAGCCUCUGGAGAAAGUCUUCUCUUGAUGAAUGUUUUUAUCAGAAUUCUUCCCAUGAAAAUGAAGGAUAUGAUGCCAAGUCUUCAGGUGGGCAAACAGCCCUCCAGGCAUCUUUGCCAAGAGAUAAAACAUUCAUGUGUCCUGUUUGCAACUUAAAGCAAAAGACUUCUGAUCUGAUGCUCUUCAAUAGUCACGUAGAUAUUUGUUUAAAUAAAGGUCUUAUCCAGGAACUAAGGAAGGACGAAGUUAGUCCAGUUAUGAAUUGUCCAGCAGAAAAUUCUAAAAGUACUGGGAGUUCUGGCAAAAUACAGAAGACUAUGAAUGUCAUAGCAAAAACAAAAAGGCCGGGACUGAUGACCCAAAAUUCAACAUCAAAGAAAACCAAACCAAACAAUUCCAAAUACACCAUUGAUAGCUUUUUUAAAUGAACAAUAAGAAUUUUGUAUUAGAAGAGGUCAUUUCUUAAUUGUGAAUAUUUUAAAUUCUUACUUUAAAAUUAUGGAUUGAUUCAAUGAAUGCAAAUGACUUGAUGCUAGAAUCUUCUGGUACAGCUGUCAAUAAUGUUAAGGUUAUAAAUUUGUUUUGGCAAGAACCAAUAGAAUGUGUUUAUUUGUUUAGGGUACAUAAAGAAAUCACAUUAAUUGUACCUCUGGGCCUAUUAAGAAUCAAAAAGCUGCUUACUCAUUUUGCUUAUUAGCCUUUUUUAAAAAAACAUCCUUCAUCCUUGAGAAUAGUGAGGACAUUGCCAAAUGAGGGCAUUUGACAAUGACAGAUGCCCCCUGCAAGCACACAGUUCACUUUUUAAAUAUUUAAUCCUAAGAUUGGAAAUAAUUGUAUUCACCUAUUUAUAUAGCAGCAGAAAAGCAAUAUCUUAUUUUAUCAUAUCUGACUCUUUGUUUAUUAAAAAAAUUCACUUUUUAAAAAAAAAUUAAGAGUGGGCCUCCCUCUCUUGCUUUGGCUAGACAUGCAGGGGCUACUCACAGGCCUGAUCCCACUGCUGAUUGGCAUGGGAGCUUUGACCUGCUGUUUCUGACACAGGCCAGUUUCAGCCUCUUAAGGCUCUCUGGUCUUGUGUCUAUCUGGCCCCUCCUCACCACCACCCCCUCCCAGGAGCUCAUGAUAUUGAUGUCAGACUUGGUGUGGACACCUGAUUGGCCCAGCCCACUGCAGCUCAGAACUCCAGAGCUGAAAGGAUCCACCAGCAUCAGCCCCCACCAGCUGGGAUUACAAGUAUGCACUAUGCACGCAUGACUGCUUUUUAUGAGAAAUACUUAAGAUAAAAUGUACAGCUAUAAAGAUUGUGAUAUGUGUUAAAGCUCUGAAUUAUAUAAGGCUUUAGUUAAAUAUAGUUUAAUAUUUAAUAUCUAUAAAGAAACUAAAGUACAGUAUCUAAUAAAUUAAUAAAUAAUUAAGGUUACCUUAUUGUUUAAAGAAGAAAAAAAGUAAUUGUUUUACUUUUUUACUGAUUAAAAAAAUCAUUCUUUGUUAGUUAUCAAAUUAAAUAGUUUUUACUUUUGCUACUUUGGGUAAUUUUUUCCCCAGGUUUUUCCCGUGUUUUACCUGUACAUAUUUGAAUUAAAUAUGUAAGAAGGCAAAGUUUUGGGGGAUAACUUACAUUGAGAUCUUAAACAUAACCUUUGAACAAAAGCAGUAAAAUUUGCCCUCACUAUAAAUUGAAAUUUGCAACUAUUAGGCUAAGCAUUUAUUAAUAUUUGUUUGAGUCAUCUUGACUUUUUAACUUUUAAAGUUCACCACAGCAUCUGUUGAAACAAGCUCAAAACAAAAUGAUUUAUACCAGCCUCAAGACAGUUUAUGCAAUGUUGCACUGCUGUCAUGCUGUAUUCAAUGAUGUUUCAUUAUCUCUUCAGUGGUGACAAGGAAACCUUCACUUGAAUGUAGGGUGGUGUCGAUAUUACUCAAGAUCAAUAACAUCAUGGUGUUCGUGGCUAGAGAUCCAGCCUCAAAGCCUGGGUUCACAUCCCCGCCUCUGACAAUAUGUUGGCUUUAUGACCCUGAAAAAAGUCACUUAACUUCUCAGUACUCCAGACAACUCUCUAAGAUUGCAAAGAAGGUGCCAGUCUGCAUUGGUAGAGAACGUUUCCUCACCUGAGAAAUCCUUGUAUCAGUGAAAUCACAGGUCCAGUCUUUAUCCUUAUCAUCAACAGAAACUCUAGUAUCUCAAAAUUUAUCACUGGAAUAUCUGGUAUUCUUAUAAAAAUUCUAGGGAACCCGGACACUUCUGGGAUAGAUGUCAAUUUAAAGAAAAAAAUCUAUGUUCUAGGAAAACUCCAAGAACAAAGAGCUGAUGUCUGAAUAAAGUAAAAGUGAAAUGCAAUUAUUGAUCCUUGUCCCUUUUUAUCUGUGCUGUCACUUUCUGAGACUGGACAAAAGGAAAAAGAAAGUGCUUUUCAGAAUGAUUAUGUAGGAUUUCUGUUUCUUUGGAACUAUUUUUGUACUGGUAGAGUCAUAGUAUAUGAUAGAGUCAUAGUUUUGAUGCAUUACCUUUGAUGUAUGAUCCAUAUUUUCCUUUCUUUCCUUGUUUUGACAGUAAACUACAAUUGUCUGAAUUUUUAAUCCUGUUAAUUGUUUUCUAUAGCUAAAAUUCCUGACCCUCACGUUAGUUGAUUCUUGAAAUUUGUCUGGACAUUGU